AAGUUGGAACAGGUGCUUCUAAGAUUUAUGGUCUGAUUUUUGAUGUAACACUCUUUUGUUUACCGCUGUUUCUUUUCAUAAGCACAUUUGGAGAUGCUAUGAGAGAGGAAAAGAUGGAACCUGAAGAGACGGAGGUUGAUACAUCACCUUCCUGGUCUCCUGUAUCUAGAGACAGGCUCCUCACAUACGCCAACCUGUCAGAUAUUGCAGGGAAGAAAAGAAAACAAGACCCAAGUAGUGAUGCUGAGAAUUCAGCCCGAAUCUUGGAGGACUGUGAAGACGAUGACUUUCCCAUCAGUGACCACAUACAAGAUUCUGAGGGUCCAUGUAACAAAAGAGUCAAACCAGUUGACAAAGGUGCUUCAGUCACUGGUAUCAUAACACCAUUGAAGACCCCUGCACUGAAACGCUUGGGGCAGUCCAUACAGCGUUCUAUCAGUUUCCGGACAGAAGCCAGGCCAUUGCCCCCAAUGCCAAUAAGAACACGUCAGAAGGCCUCUUCAUUUCCACGGCGGCGGAGCAGCCAGCUGUGGAGUGACACAGUUGACAGUCUGAGCCAGUCUGAGCUCAGUACCAAAGAGAUCAAACGACAAGAGGUAAUCUAUGAGUUAACCCAGGGUGAAAAACAGCUCAUUGAGGAUCUAAGUCUAGUCAAAAAGGUGUACUAUGAACCAAUGCUGAAAUUAGACAUCAUGACAGAAAGUGAGCUGGGACAGAUAUUUGGAACACUUGAUUCUUUAAUACCACUUCAUGAAGAUCUUUUAGCUCGUCUUGAAGGUCUUCGUGGAGCAGAGAAGACUGUGCAAGAAGUCGGACCCACCAUGAUGGACUGGUUUCCAUGUCUGGAGGCGUAUAUCACAUACUGCUGUAAUCAGGUUGGGGCAAAAGCUCUGCUCGAUCAAAAGAAGCAGGACCGGCGGGUUGAGCAUUUCUUGCGGCUGUGCCAGGAGUCAUCCUUCAGCAGAAAACUGGACUUGUGGAAUUUUCUGGACUUGCCUCGCAGCAGGCUGGUGAAAUAUCCUCUGCUGUUAAAAGAGAUUCAGAAGAGCACUCCACCUGAGCAUCCGGACGAGGAAGCACUGCCACAGGCGAUGGACCUAAUCCAAAGGAUUAUAACAGAAGUCAAUCUUAAAACUGGAGAGGCUGAGUGUCAGUUUUACAGACGGGGACUGUGCUACUCAGAAGACAGCCAGAGGGUUUCAGAAAUCCAGGCAUCUCGUUUUUUAUACUGCCAUGGUGAACUGAAGAGUACUAAAGGACAGAAGCUGCAUGUGUUCCUCUUUGAGCUGGUGUUGGUUUUGACCCGACCAGUGGCACAGGACAGGGAAGGACCACUCCAGUUCCAAGUGUAUCGUCAGCCCCUCCCAGCUGCUCACCUUCAUCUGGAAGACCUACCUGAUGGAGAGCCAAGUAACUCUGGAUCUUUUCGUGGGGCUUUUACAGGCAAUGAUAAAGGUAGCGGCAUUGCAUCUUACACUUAGAAUAAUUUUUUAGUUUUGGUUUUAUUUAUUUAUUUUUCAGUUUGAAAGCAAUCAGGAUUGCAAUAAAACGAUUACUAUUGGAUUUGAAUAAACCGAUUAUUUAGUUUAACAUCAGCAAAGUGUUUAAUAAGGAAGUCUGUCUCUGCCACUGAAUAAAAAAUAAAAUAAGGUAAUUGUGAAUUUUCAUCUCACAAUUCUGACUUUUAUCUUGCAAUUGCGAGUUUUAUCUCACAAUUCUUUUUUUUUCUCAGAAUUGUGAGAUGCAAACAUUCUGAGAAAUGAACUCAGAACUGCAUGAUAUAAAGUCGCAGCUGCGAGUUAUACACUGCAAAAAAGAAAAAAAAUCAUAAAAUUUACUGAAAAAACAAACACUAAACACAAUCAUGGUAACACAUGAAACUGAAAUAAUGCAAUAAACAUCAAUUUAACAACAUUAGAUGUAACAU